AUGUCUAAGGUGUACCUCGCGUCUAUCGGACUCGACGCGCACGUGCACGCGGACUUCGGCUCAGGCCUGUGGGACGGGAACCCCAUCGGCAUUCCCGUGAACCUCGUGAGCAGCUCCACGUCCACCACCUCGCCGACUUUCUACUACCCGGAUGAAAGCGACGCUGGGCCGUACCCCGUACCAGCUUCCCCGUUAGUGGAGGGGGGGUCGGACCACCACGUGCUGCUGGUGGACACGGACCAGUGCAUGCUGUACGAGAUCUAUGACUACUCACAGCUCAACUCCCAAGUGUCAGCAGGGAGUGGGGCUGUAUGGAAUCUGACGUCCAACAAGCUCCGACCCGCGGGUUGGACCUCCGCUGAUGCUGCCGGCCUGCCGAUCCUCCCAGGUCUGGCCCGGUACGAGGAGGUGCAGGCAGGUGCCAUUCGGCACGCAUUGAGGUUUACAGCAAGCAGCACGCAGCGCAAGUACGUGUGGCCUGCACGGCACUACGCCAGCAGCAACACCGACCGCAAGCAGCCCCCCAUGGGCAUCCGAGUGCGGCUCAAGAAGUCCUUUGACACGUCCAAGUUCCCCCCUCAAGCCCGCGUAGUCCUGAAAGCACUCCAGACAUAUGGCAUGAUGCUAGCAGACAAUGGCUCCCCGUGGUACAUUACUGGUGCACCCAACGAAGGAUGGGAUAAUGAUGAUCUGCAUUCGCUCCAUGGUGUGCAUGGAAGAAACUUUGAGGUUGUGGAUAUGUCUCAAGCUGCCAGGCGUGCUGCUGCUAUGAAGUCCGACAGGCUGGACGAUCUAAAGCGCUCGUCGCGUGCUGCUGUUUCCUCGUCUGCGGGUGCAGCUCCAACAGCAUCUGCAGCAGCAGCAGCAGCAGCAGCAACAGCAGCAGUAGCCAUGCCCGUGUCUCCCGGGGGUACUCUUGCCCCCGUCGCCAUAGUUCGGCUUCGCAGCGCCGCUGCGACCUUCCAGAAGGUUCCUCUCGGCUUCCUUCCCCCCGGCGGACCAGGCGCCGCGGUUGUCUCUGCGGCGACCCGCUUUAUCGCCCGCUUCAGCAAGCGGGACGGGCCUAAGAAGGUCCGGAAGGCCCGGAAGGCGACCAGGAAAGCGCGCGUGGGCGGAGACGGCAAUGUUGAGGGGGAAGAUGAUGCGGAGGAGGAGGAGGGGGAGGAGACAGAGGAAGAGGCGACUCGUUUCAGUGCGGUUGGCCGGCACGUUGGCUUUGUGAAAGGACAAGGGGCUGCUCUUUCCUUAUCCACGUCGGGAUUAGGCGCAGGAUUAGGAGGAGCGACAAGCGCGGGGGCCGGGACAGGGGCAGGAGCAGGAGCAGGAGCAGGAGGAGGAGGAGCCGUGGCGAACCUUUUCGUGAAUCUCCAUCCUCGUUUGCUUCUUGCGUGCCGAUCGAAGCUGCUCGAUAUAGGAACGCGCCUGUUCGCGCCCUCCUCCUCCACCUCGACCCCGCUCUCUAUAAUCACCCUCCGUUCCGCGCUCCCGACACCGGCGGGGCCCUCCGGGCCGCGCCCCUUCCGCGGGGCAGCGGGGCUGCGCCCGCACGGGCCUGGCGGAAGCACCCACGCGCAUGGCGGAAGCGGAGGUGGUUACCACCAGCACCCCCGCGGCCCUUCGUCUGCUCGGUCCGGCACUCCGCGAGCCUCGGGAACAGGAGGUUUGGAAGCUACUUUGGACGAUGAGAGGCUGGGUAGGCCUGGAGCUCUGGGCGGGGACUUCAGCAGGAGGAGGCCUGCGCGCACAGUGUCCAAGUUCCACCACGGGCGAGUGGGCGCACACUCGGGAAACCACAGCGCCGCUGCUGAAGCCGUGGUGCAGGAGAUUCUCGCUCUCCCGGACCCCUUCUGCUACGGCAGUAGCAGUAGCAGCGGCACUGGCGUCGAGAGUCCUCGGGUGAAGCGGGGAGGGCGGGGCGGGGCGGGCGACUGGGCGAAGCUGGUGAGCACCACGAUAGCAGUGCUGGGCCGCCAUGGCCAGGUGGACGCCGCUCGCCGCGUCUUUGACCGCGCCCGCGCCUUUGGAGUGCCGCCCAACGUCUACGCCUUCUCUGCGCUCAUCAGCGCCUAUGGGCGUAGUGGGCGCAGCACGGAUGCACUGGCACUCCUCCGCAGCAUGAGGGAUGCGGGGUGCCGCCCCAACCUGGUGACGUACAACGCCGCCAUUGACGCGUGCGCCAAGGCGGGCGGCGCUGCAGGCGCGGGCGAGGCGGAGGUGGCGCGCGCAUGGGCGCUGGUGCACGAGAUGAAGGAGCUGGGCAUCGCACCUGACCGGAUAACGUACAACUCGCUCAUGGCAGUGUGCAGCAGGGCAGGGCAGUGGCAGGAGGCGCUACGAGUGUUCGAACUAAUGGGACAAGAAGCCUGUGCCGCUGCCACUAAUGCUGCUGCUGCUGCUACUGCUGCUGCUGCUGCUACUGCUGCUGCUGCUGCUGCUACUGCAGGCAGUGCUGAUUCCACUGCUUCUGCUUCUGCUUCUGCUCCUGCUCCUGCUGCUGCUGCAGCGGCAGCGGGUUCCCGGGGCGGGAGGAAGGAGCAGCAGGGGCAGAACGGGAGGCGGCGGGGGAAGGAGGGGGGCGAGGAGGAGGGAGCGGUGGCGUUGGUGCGGGACAUAUUCACGUUCAACACGCUCAUCGACGCGCUCUGCAAGGCGUCCCAGAUGGACGCUGCUGCCGCUGCCUUUGCCUCCAUGGCCCAGUCUGACGUCACGCCCAACGUGGUGACGUUCAGCACGAUGAUAGACGGGUAUCGCAAGGUGAACGACCUGUCCAGUGCCAUCAACGUGUUCCACACCAUGCAGCACGCAGGGGUGCGCCCCGACAGAGUGACAUACAACACGUUGCUUGACAUAUACGGCAAGGCGGGCCGGCUGAACGAAGCCAUAGCUGUAGCGCGCGAGAUGGAGGCGGCGGGGUGGCGGCUGGACGUGGUGGCACACAACGCGCUGCUGGACGCGUACGGCAAGGCGGGGCGCUGCGACGAGGUGAUGCGGCUCUUCCACGCCAUGAAGCGCCAGGGGCUCACGCCCAAUGUCCUCACGCUGUCGGCGGUUGUGACCGCGCUGUCCCGUGCGGGAAGGCACCAGGAGGCGGCGGCGCUCUUCCAGCAGUAUCGCGACAUGGGGCUGCAGGUGGACGUGGUGGUGUACAGUGCGAUCAUAGACGCGCAUGGCAAGCAGGGCAAGGUGGAGGAGGCCAUGAGUGUCCUCCGCCAGAUGCUGCACGACGGUGUGCAGCCCAACGUGGUCACAUACAACUCGCUCAUUGACGCCCUCGGCCGCUCCACCCAGGUGACGGCAAGCGAGGCACGGGGCAAGGGUGGCAAGAGGGAGCAAAUUGGAGCAAAGACACACGAGGAGGAUGCAGAGAAUGCAGAGGCUCGGGAGGAGGAGGAGGAGGGGAGGAGGGAGGUGCGGUUGGAGGCAGCACUGCGCAUGUUCCGAGAGAUGAAGGCAGCGGGCGUUCGCCCCAACGUUGUCACCUUCUCUGCCAUGCUCUCCACCUGCAGUCGUCUCUCCAACUGGCGAGACGCAGCCCUGCUCCUUCGCGAGAUGGGCUCCACAUUUGAAGCCGCUGCUGUCCCCGCCUCAACUGCUACCACCACCACGACUGCUUCUGCCACUACCACAGUUGUUUCAACGGCUUCGGAGCCCGCUGCUGCUUCUGGCGGGGCUGCAAGCAGUAGUGAGGCGAGUGCAGGGGUGUAUGUGCUGGCGGAGGCUAUGCUGCAUGGGUGCGUGCACGCGGAUGGUGGGGAGAACGAGGAGGCUAGGGAAGAGGCGCGGAACAGCAAGGCUCGGAGCAGCAGCAGCAGCAGUGGUGGUGGUGGUGGGGAGGUGGUGCAGGGAGUGCGGGUGCUGUCACGGGGCGAGGUGGUGCAGCUGUUUGUGGCAGUGGCAGCACUGGACUCCUCCACUUCCAUCGCCUUCUUUAACGCUCUCAACGACCUGCUUUGGCGAUUCAACCAGAGGGCGCAAGCAGUGAGGGUGACACGGGGAGCGAGGCGAGUGGGGGUGUACGAGGGUGCGGUGUGGAGCAAGGCGGAGGCGCAGGAGUGGGUGCUGGACCUGCACCUCAUGUCUGUGGGUGCUGCCAUGGCCAUGCUUCACCUCUGGCUGCUCGACCUGCAGCGCCUCGUGCUCUCCUCGCACUCUCAAGCCACCUCUGCCGUUACUGCCAGUGCCAACUCUGCCGCCAGCAGCAGUAGCAGCAGCAGCAACGGCGCCGGUGCUGGUGGUGGUGGUGGUGGUGGAGGUGGUGGUGGUGGCAACAGUGCUAACCCGCUACCCCGGCUUCUGAAUGUGCUGACGGGGUGGGGGAGGCACAGCAAGGUGGUGGGAACAAGUGUCAUCAAGACACAGGUGGAGGCGUGCCUGUCUGCGCUCGCCUCGCCCUUCCGCUCCUCCGCAUCCAACGGGGGGCGGUUCAGUGCCUCCGGCCCUGCUGUGGCACGAUGGCUGAUUUCUCUGGCGGAGAGAGGCACGGGUAACCCACUGGUGUUGCAUGAUGAGAGGGGGCUGCAAGGGGCUUGGGCGUGA